ACCUCCACCGCCACCACAGAGCUGGCCGCUGCCGCCGCCGCCACAUCUCUGUCUGGGCCGGCCCGCCGUCGCUUGCUCCCGCCAGUGGGCCACACACCUGUCGCAGGCCCCGACACGUGCUCUCCCGGCUCCCUCGCGGGCCGCAUAUGUGACUCUCCCUCCCCGCACACACACACGUGGCUUUUGACCGGCUCCCUGUUUGUGUGUCUCCGGUCGACUUUGUGGGAAGUUUAUGAGGCGUGCGGCGGCUUCAGGUGCGCCAGAUUGGUCAAGGCGGACAUAUGUGGUACCAUGUUUAUAUAUAAGUGAAGGUGAUAUAUUUGGGGGUGUCCGCUAAGACGACGCGGUUCGACUAGCCCAGAGAGAAGCGUGGAUAGGAACCUGUGGGGCGAGCUGCACGUGGGGCCCAGGACCACGUGUUGCGCUCCUCUAUCGGUACGCGCCCUCUACACGCGCCCUCUACACGCCUCCAUCUGGACCACAAUCACGGGCGUCUUAUAUAAACACCGACCUCUUCAAGCACCGCUGAAGACAUCAAAAUCCGAUCUUCGGCUUCUCGUUCACCAGAGCGUCGACGGGCCCAACUCAGGAGAAGACAAACUUGUAAUCGUGAAGCCGUCGAGUGUUCCAAGAAUCUUCCUGUUAAGAGGAAUUCACAAAGAACUUUCCUAAUGACUAUUGGGGCGUAAAUUUGACGGCCUUCAAGCUGAGAGGGAAAAGCCACAAAUCACUGUUCAUCUUCCUCUCUUGUUCGGCUUAGAGUAACUGGUAGUGUAAAUAAGAAUCGUAUAACCAAAAUGUAGUCUACGUGUGUGUGUGUUGUGAACACUAAGUUACCAUCAACUGUCUUCCAGACCGCGUACGUGGUCCCGUCUUGGUGCAGUGGGAGGCCUACGAUUGAUUGAUUGAUUGAUUGAUGGAGAUUAAGCCACCCAAGAAGUGGCACGGGUAUGAAUAGCCCGUAAUGGAGGCCUACUAUCAAGGCUCGUCUUAAGAACCUGAUAGUCAAUUGAUCGUCGGAAGAACGUCCAUGCAGCUUAGUUCCUGGUUCAUUCGUGAAGAGAGAUAUCUCUCUUUCUCUCAGAUACUAGUCAAAAGAUAUCUCUCACAAGGUGUCGUCAAUGGAUCUCUCUCACAAGACCUAGUCAAUGGAUAUCGCUCAGCACUAGUCAAAGGAUAUCUCUCACAAGCACUAGCCAAAGGAUAUAUCCCUCCCAAGCUUUAAUCAAAGGAUAUAUCUCUCACAAGCACUAGCCAAAGGAUCUCCAAGUUUACCACAAUCAACGUUUCUCAAUUAAGUGCGAGUGACGCGACCUCGCGGCCUAAGGCACCGUCGAAGACGUUGAUUUCUUACCACUUGCCAAAAUGUCUCAAUCCAUCUGAAAUAUUUUUUUCUCAUUGGCGCCAGUCGCAGGAUCCUCCGACCAGUCAUCAUGCAGUCUAUUGGCUAAGACCAGUCGACCAUUCUUCCAACCUGUCGACCAUUCUUCCGACCAGUCACUCUUAUACGCUGUCUUAGGUAACACCAGUCACUGUUAUACACUGUCUUAGAUUGUUGUUGUUGUUAUAGAUUCAGCUACUGGGAACUAAAAGUUCCAAGUAGCACGGGCUAUGGUGAGCCCGAUGUGGACUUACCAACCUGUCUUAGGUAACAACAGUCACUCUUAUACGCUGUCUUAGGUAAUACCAAUCCCUCUUAUACGCUGUGAUUGUUAGAACCAGUCGGACGCCCUCUAGUCAGUCACCAUACAUGUUAGACCAGUCUAACGGUCUGCGCAAACAAAACAAAAGAGAGCUAGCUAAAGCAUCACAAACAGGGGCAGUAAAGGCUUUCAAAAAUGUCAAUAAUAGAAGGUUAGCCAAGUGCAGUCAGUCGUCUUAGUGUUGUCACUAAGUGGAGCUCAACGUCGUGUCUAGAGCAGCCAGUAAGUGGUAAAGGGAAUUCCGAGAACGAGGGAGUUAACAAUAAGGCAGAACCUCUUCCCCCCCCCCCCCUCCUUCCCCAGAAAGUUCCUAGUAAAGGCUCAAGAUGUAGGCCAGCGGGUUUAGAACUAAAGUGAAUCAAGUGUUUGAAGCUGUAUACAACUCGAAUACCUCAGCAGUUCAAAAUCUUCAAGACUGUAGAAGCCGGGGAUGAUGAUAAAAAAAGAGUUUUUGAUUCGCGCACAAAUUACAAAGUCCGGUGACUUUGUAAGCCAAAUUUAAGAGUAGAACAAGCCGACCUGAAGCAAGUGUUCUCUGUGUGCCAAUGUUACUACCUUCGUAGGUGCUCCUGUACCGUAAACUAGCACUCUUUUUAGCUCUCUUACGUGUUGUGUGUUCGCUUGAAAACCAACAUUACCUUAGGAGACCUCACAAGUAAUCUUGAGGUCCGCCCCUGAAAGUGACAAAGUUCUUGUGCUCCACCCCCCCCCCCCAACCCCUGAGAGCCCUCAGCUUCGUAAAUCUCCAAGAGACAGUCUUCAGGAGGAUCCUCCGUGGCUUGAGGCACCUUGGCGCCACACACAGUCACCAGAAAGAGUGUGGUCAUCCCUGCGUGUGGCGCUUGAGCUCGAGACGUCGCCGAAAAGGUCACUGGGUCGGCACUUGCUGGCAACGCCGCGGCCUUGAAACCCGACCUCCAUCCAGCAGCAUCCCCGACACCCCGGUGGGAUGAUGGUGCUUCUGGACGCUGGUAGUUGAGUGUGAGGCAGCGGAGCCACUACUGGCGUGUCAUGGGCCCCGGGUGGUGAGGGGCACCAGCUGGCCAAGCAUGGAGGGCCGAGCAUGGUGAUCUGGCGUGGUGGUGGUGGCACGUAGGCGGGCCGGUAGCCAUGCUGAUGGUGGUGGUUGUGGUGCUGGGCAUGGUGCUCACCGCUGCACUGGUGCUCGCCUUCGUCUCCAGUGCCUUCAUUUUCUUCAUCAUCCUUACCAGCAAGCAGUACAAGAACAGCACCAGCCUCCUGCAUCUACAGCUUAUGGUUGCCAGUGCCCUCCUCUCUCUCCUCUUCAUCGUCUUCUCAACUCCCUCCUUCAUACAGGGUCGGUGGCUUCUACACGAAGAUCUGCGAUUGCGAGAAGUGCCGUCCACACCUACUUCACCCUACAUGAAGGAUCCAUGGGACCUUUACAAUGCUACUAACAAUUUCACCGUGAGGCCACUCCCUCCCCAACCUGCAUUCUCAUGGGUCACAUUGCAGGACCUGACUAAUUCUACUCACAGCAUCAAUGUCACUGCGCUGCUCAAUGACACUGCCGCUGCGUCAAGGGACCCAGACAUCUGGGAGAGUGACGCCCUGUGUCGUCUGUAUGGAUUUCUGUUGAUAGUGCUGCACACAGUGGCAGUGUGGGUAGUGGUAGGCCUUCACUGUGACAAGUACUGCGCCAUCUCCACUCCCCUACGUUAUAACCAGAUAGUAACACGACACAGAGUGGCAGCAUUCUCAUGUCUUGCAUGGCUAUUGAGUGUGGCCCUUGCCUCACCACCUCUGGUGACAACCUAUUCCUACACUUUCUCUCAAGGCGUGUGCCUUCCUGUGUGGCAUCGUGCCAGUGCCACCACCUACACCUGGACCUUGGCUACAUUCUGUAUCAUUCUUCCUUUCACAAUCAUCCUCAUUGUCAACAGCAGAAUCAUCAUGAUUGCACGUCAUCACCAACAUCGCAUCUUCUCGGCUAUAUUUGAAGUCAUGAUGUCAGCACAGGCAACUGUCACACACCAAAAGAAUCCAUUUGAUAUUCCUAAAAAGAAAAGAAAGUCAGUGUGGACAGUAUUAGAACAAAUAGUGGCAUUUGUAUUUUGUUAUUAUCCCUUUUUUGGAACGGUGAUCUGGGAGUCCCUCCAUGGUAGACGAGCAAAUCAAUAUUGGGUUCUUUUGGGAACAACAUUACUACUUAUCUCUCCUCUUGUGAAUUCUUUUAUAUAUGGAAUUAAAUGUAAGAAUAUCCGAAAAGCAUUUAGAAAUUAUCUCAGGAAAAAGCUUUACAAAACAGAGGUCAAGCAUGAGAUUCAAGCUCGUAUUCCCUCGGCAGCCAACUCCCGCCGCCCUUCCAUAUCGUCCACGCUGGCAAUGCCAAUGCUACAAAAAUCGCUGCAGCGCCGCAUGUCCGACUACUUUCUACAGGAUCAGGCAAGCCAGCCCAAGCUAGUAAGGAGGUCAUCAGACAUGUCAUGGCAUCCCCUGGAGGAUGGAACCCCCUCACCCACUCGGUUGCGACAACCUGUGGACAACCCCAAGGUUCCUACCGAGACCUCACCUACAGGCUCCCAUUCCCCUGCCAGUGUCUCCAACUUUCUCACUGUGCCCACAUUCGAGGCAGCACGCUCCUACUAUCUGGGGCAGCAGCGAGUACGUCUGUCCAUCUCUUCUUUAGACUCUGAUAUUAGUUGUUCAGUCAAGGAGGCUCGUACCGAGGAAGAAAACUUAACAGGGUCUCCCUCCCCCGAUAUCCCGUCCUGUAGGGUGUCUACAUCUAAAUUACAAGAUGUUGCCCUGGAGGUAUUUAAUACCCCUGAACAUGUAAGCAACAGAUCAAAGUCACUUGAAUUAGUUCUUGUCAGCUGCACAACACCCUCCAAACCAGUCGCUCAGAGUCAGUAUGAGAGUAAAAAUCAAGCAGACUGUCAGACACCAUUAUUAUGCAAAGCCUUUGAGCGUCCUGCCCGAAGUGCCAGUCUCAACUCUUCAUCACCUCAUGUACUGCGAACACUGGAAGCCAUCCUGUCAGUGCGAAUCUCUCAGUCAUUGCUGAGACGAGGGUCAGGCUGGGGUGGAUCACAGGGCAGUUUGGAGAGGCUCUCCAGAUUCCUUCGUGAGAAUCGCCGCAGCACACUGCCAGAACAGACAUCCUACUCUCCCUUUACAAUGCGCAAUGCUACAAGACACGAGCACCUUCAGGUCAAAACAACUGACCAUGUCACAACUCCAGAGAACAAAAAUGAUUGUGUUCUAACCUUCUUCAAGCCUCUGGCCAACGGUAAUGCCUGCAUGGGUGGGUGUGAUAAGGACACCACCUGCGAGACAUCCCUUACUGUACCAUAGUGGCCAUUAAAUGCUACUCACUGUGCAAUAUUGCCCCACAAACCAACAUUCACUGUCCCCUGUACACAUCAUACAACACUCAUGGUACCCUAGUACCCACCAGAUGACUUGCAAUGACAUUAUCUUUGCUGAUGACACUUAUAGCACCACCCAACAAAACUUGGUCACUUUGUGUCCACCACUCAUAACGCCCUAGUACCCACAGAUAACAUGUGCUCUACCCUAAUACCCACUAUAUGACAUUGUAUCAAUUCCCACCAAAUGACACUUGUGUCUCCUUAGUGCUCACCCAGACAGUUUUUGUGGUGUCUUAGUGCCCACCACAAAUACACACACAAUUUCCAGAAGACAAUGCAUUACUAAUAUAUGUGGAUCCUACAAAAAAUUUCACAGGGACAUGGUGCCAUCAAAACAACUUGCUGGGACAUAGUGCCUACAAA